GCUCCCGCUCUCCUCCCCAUGGUGGCAGACCAGUUCAGAUCUGUCCGAACUGGCUCGGUGCCGAACCAGUUCUUGAACCUCGGUUCGUGCACACCCUUACCUUCUGCAUUCAAAGUAAUUGCUCUACCAUUGAGCUGUGGUCCUAUAUCCAGAAGGAUCGUUCCUUUUUAGGAGAUGAACUCUAGUGAGGGAACUCACCUCUGCCCAUUGACCAAAGAAGUACUGCUGUUGUGUCUGCCCUCAGCUUUGUGUGUGGUGGAGGAACUGGGUGGCUGUUGGGUCCUGUCUCCCUGUCUGCCUGCUUGUGCCUUGGAGGUGUCAGAGCAGUUCUUUGGGACUGCUUUAAGUCCCUGGUGAUGUCCUUUCCUGAAUUAGAUGAGUGUGCAAGCUGAGUACACCAAUUAAGUAAGAAAAAUAUAAAACCACUGAUUCUCUUCAAACUUGUGUGAAUCAGAGUUUUCAACAUUGCCACUACAUAGAGCAAAUACUGAUAAAAAAUAAACUUGGAGCCUCAACUAGAUUGGCAGUCUCAAACAUAAAUCCCAGGUUUGAAAAACUAAGGAGCAAGCAAGUUCGUGGUUGAAAAAGGUAAAUGUGCUUUAUUUCAGGGGCAUAACUACUAUAAGGCAAGGGGAGGUGGCUGCCUGGGGGCCCCCACGCUUCGAGGGGCCCCCCAGAGGCAAGUUACAUGACUAUAUAUUGUGAAGUAGUGUGUGUAUGAGCGAGGGGCCCAUUUUAAUAUUUUGUCUCUGGGCCCACUCCAACCUUGUUACGCCCCUGCUUUAUUUAUCUCUACUUCAUCAAAUUAGUAGUUUUAAUCAUGGAGGGUGGGGUGUUGUAUAACUUUGUAUAUUAUUUUAGGGGAGUUUGAGAACCACGGGGUUAAGGUAUUCUUCAUGGUCCAACAAAAUUAAUGGGAUUUGACAAACGGUAGACAUCAUUAACUAUAGCACCAUAGUUGUUCUAGAAUAGAUUACUACCUCUCUGUCCUGGAAAGCAAUGACGUCGGUAUGAUAAGCAGCAUUGUCACAGAAUGCAAGAUCUGGUAGCUGAAUUAUGGUCAAACUUGAAUCACUAGAAGAUGAAUGGUGGCACAAUGAACAAAGCUGCUUGCCAUUAUUGAUGGCUCGCAUACAUCUUUUAAAGAUAAAUACAAGAAGAGAAAUGUCUUCGCUGAAGGGUAAAGUUCAGACUGUGCUGGGCCUGAUAGAGCCUAGCCAGCUUGGCUACACUAUGACCCAUGAGCACUUGACAAUGAGCUACAGUUGCUGUUACUACCCGCCUCCUUCUGGCCCAGAAGCACUGUCUACUCAACCCAUUGAGAUGAAGAACUUGUUUUGGCUGAAGCAGAAUCCCUACAGCCACAAAGAGAAUCUCCUCCUGUGUCAAGAGACCAGUGCUGUGAAGGAAGAGCUUUUGCAUUACAAGGCUGUGGGUGGUGGGAGCAUAGUGGAAAAUACAACCACAGGGAUCAAACGAGAUGUGAAGACUCUAAAACAGCUUGCCGAAGAAACUGGCGUCCAUAUUAUUGCUGGAGCCGGGUUUUACGUGGAUGCGACUCAUUCUGCGGAGACACGAGCUAUGUCUGUAGAGCAGCUGACAGAGGUUAUUGUUAAUGAAGUUCUCAACGGAGCUGAUGGAACCAACAUCAAGUGUGGCGUAAUAGGAGAAAUUGGCUGCUCUUGGCCUCUGACAGAGAGCGAAAACAAAGUACUUCAGGCAACAGCGCAUGCCCAGUUGCAGCUCGGCUGCCCUGUCAUCAUCCACCCUGGCAGAAAUAGUGAUUCACCCUUCCAGAUCAUUCGAAUUCUGCAGGAAGCUGGCGCCGAUAUCUCAAAAAUUGUCAUGUCUCACAUGGACAGGACUAUAUUUGAUGAGAAGAAGCUGCUAGAGUUUGCCCAACUUGGAUGCUACUUAGAGUAUGAUCUCUUUGGGACAGAAUUCAUUACCUACCAGAUGAAUCCUGAUAUUGACAUGCCAAGUGACAAUGAAAGAAUUUUACGAGUUCGGAUGUUGAUCAAUGAAGGCUAUGAAGACAAAGUUGUAAUCGCUCAUGACAUACAUACGAAGAAUAGAUUGAAAAAAUAUGGGGGCCAUGGAUAUUCUCAUAUCCUUGAAAACAUAGUCCCCAAAAUGCUAAUCAGAGGUCUAUCCCAAAAUAAAAUUGACAAACUCUUGGUAGCAAAUCCCAAACAGUGGCUGACAUUUAAGUAGACACAUUUUUGUACUGGUAGCUUGAAGCUUGCCGAGAUCAGAGUUGCUUUUGCAAAAGUGAUAAUUUGAUACCUGAAUUCUCUGAAUAAAAAUGGGAUAUGAAUAAGGCUCCUACAAAUCUCUUUUAGAGCAGAACAGUAGAGCAGGCAUUUGCCCCAUGCCCAGUCCUCCAUCUCCAGCCAUUCUGAUCCUGGAAGGCAGUUUAAAAUGACUAGCGUAGCCCAAAGGCUCUAUUCAGACAUUAUGUUGUACGAGUAUACAGAUGUCUUUACACUUGUACAUGCUUCUGUGUGUGUGUGUGAAUUACUGCACCUGUGUUCAUUUUAAAAGUGAACCCAGGUACAAGCCCUUCAAAAGCAUGGUACAGAUAGGAAGUGUACUCCUGUCCCUGUGUUCAACAAUGUGUGAAUAACUGUAGCUGUGCACAGAUCUGUACACGAUACGCUAUACACGCAUAUGAGCGUUGAACAUAACGUGUGAAUAGGGCUUCUGAGGUCACUUGAAGUCUUUGUUUGGCAGUUGGGAUCAGUGUUCCUUCUAAGGCGUGCACAUGAGCACAUGUACACAGAUUUUUUUUUAAUGUCCGCUCAAUUAAUUUUAGAUCCUGCUCAGUUUGAAUCAGGAAAGCCCCUCUCUGAAUGCAGGUGUGCACACACUGCCUUGAUCCUGCCAUCCAGAACAAACUCAUUCUGCACACAGAUGAAAAACAUCAGAGGGAACACAGGUUGGGAUAAUCAUGUAGCACUCCCCAUAUGCUAGUAAAUAUUUCUAAAACCCUCAUGUUUGAAAGGGUUGUUCCUGAGGACAGCCUUCAUGAUGGGAUAGUCCUGUGGAAGGGCCAAGACACGUGUCGUGAUUAUGACAACAGUGGCUGUUCUAGUCUGGGCGCCAGGGCCAUCUGCAACCCUUACGCUUAAGCCUGGCUGGAAUCCAGCGAAACCCAUGCGUCCGCUGUGUUCCACUGCUGUGCAUGCAGAGGAACUUUCCAGUUCUUUACCCCUUACGCUGUAUCAGAUGCCACUCCCGAUCAAGGGCAGACAACCUUGACUCUCCAGCUGUUGCCAAAUUGCAGCAACAAUUGUGGCUGGGGGUGAUGGGAAUUGUAGUUCAGCAACAGCUGGAGAGCCAAGGUUGUCUGCCCCUGCGCUAGAGCGUCCCUUGAUUCUCAGGAGAGGGCAGGCAGGAGAAAGAGGGAAGGAGGCCUGUAAAGUCUCGGUAUAUACAAAAACAACACCCCAGUAUGCAGUUCUUUAGCUCCCCGCUCCAUGAACUCCUGAGUCAGCAGACAAACAUCAAGGGCUGGGGUUGUAAGUAAAUUCUGGGGUAGCACAAUAAAGGGCAGGAUCUGGACAGAGUUAGUCACGACUGGGCACCAUUGAAAUAAAUGAGACCCAACAAACUUAAAUCCCAUAUAUGUCCAUGGGGACAUCGUCCUUGCUAACGUAGGGUGAUCUUAAUCCUGUAGGCACACAACAAUGUGUCUCUUCUUGAGAAUGCAUCCGCUGCACUAGUUGAGUUUGCAACGUAAUCGUAUGCAUAUUUAAUCAGAAGUUCAAAAGGAGUUACUCUCAAGUCAGUGUGCUCAGGAUUGCAGCCUCAGUUUUCCACCUAAAACUUCAGAAAACUGCCGCCUUCUGAAAUGAUUUGAUAUUUGUUGUAAUACACGCCUUUUAGAAUCCAUCUGUUCUUUAUGUCAUGCUUAAAAAAAACAAAAAAACCUAAGCAUUCAAUAAAGAAUAACUGGGUAAAGUUUCUCUCCCCCCACCCCACCAAUGGCUUGCACAUGAAUUGGAAGACAACAGUCAGAAUUUCAAAGUACUAUGAUGUACAGUUGACAAAUAAAAAAUGUGUGUAAAUUGCAUGGUGAAGAAUGAACUGGAGAAUAUCUAUAUGAAAAAGCCGUUUGAAUGCCUCUUUAAAACACACUGAGCGCACUUGUGAGCAUUGAAAUGCCAGUGGCUGACACCCUGAUGAAGCGCUUGUGCUUCUGCCGGCUGUGGAGGCACGAUGGGUGCCCUUCUGCACCUCCCUUAGUCCCCUUGCAUGCACUAAAGCAUCAGAGCCAUUAGAGUCCCAGGCGGUCCCUUCACUACGGAAGGAGUCUGCAGGAUUGGAAACACCUUGGUAACUCUCUGCGACAUGUUUCCAAUCUUGCAGGGCCCUUCCAGGGUGCAGGGACCACUCUGAACUCUUAAGGGCCCGAAUGCCACAGCGUGCAUGUGGGGGGGACUGGAGUUGCUGUGCAAAGGUUUCCCAUGGUGCCAACGCAGCCCCUAGAAGCACAAGUGCUUUGUUAGGAUCUGCGGUCAGAAUCCCGCAGGAUGAGUGCACUUACAUUGAUUUCAACUGUCUUAAACAUGCCUACCUCUAGAUAUUCGGUCAGGCUGACACACAGCACAAUACGCCAGCCUAGUAAUUUUGCAUGCACACAAGCUGUGCAAAUGCAAAGUCUAAACAGAUGAUGUUACAUGAGAAUGAGCCAAUUACAGGGCUGACUAUCCUGUAAAUAACUUUUGUACAUGCAAAGUUACUAGACUGAUGUACUGUUGUGCAGUAUGUCAGCCAUUGGACUCAAGCCAAAGUCGUAUUGUUCUUGAUUGUGACUGUUGUCUAGAAUGUUUUUUUAAAAAAGCAAAACCAAAUACCCUUGUAUAUUAUAAUCAAAGCAAUGGAGCUAUGUUCACUCUUAACACUUUUAGAAAUGUUUAUGUCACAAAUUGCUGUGAAGAGACCAUACAGAAGUCUAAAUAUGUAAUACAGUUUAAUGAGCUAUUAUAACAAAGCCCAUGAUUUACAAAUCAGUUUGUCAAGAUAUGAUUUUUUAAAAGAGGGGGGAAAUGCCAUUUGUUGUUUUUGUUCCUUUUUUAAAACAGCGAUCUAACAUCAAGAGUUUAUUUCAGAUGAACCCAGCUUUUAGGUAUCUGUUGCAAUAAAGUCCUUGUGUUAUUACUUCA